GCGCCGAGGGCCGCCCUCUGGAGGAAAGGCUGGGCGAGUGCUAGUCACGUGACGGGGUCCCAGGGGCCGCCGGGACGUGUAGUCCGCAGGAAUCCGGCAUGAAUGCGGUGGGCGUGAGGAUGGUGACCCGCAGCCGGAGCCGGGGACCCGGGGCCAGUCAGCAAGGAAGUAGGGAGAAGCCCGCGCCGCUCCGGAGAGAAGAGGCGGCUGCAGAAGGUAGGAAAAGCUACAGCCCUGUGAAGCGUCAGCGGAAGGCUCAAAGACUGAAUGUGGCCUACGAGGCCUCAGAAGGUGAGAAAGGAGAGGGGGUCGAGCAUCUCCAGUCACCAGCCUGGGAGCCUCAGGACUGGCGGCAGCAGCUGGAGAACAUCCGGACCAUGAGGAGUGGAAAGGACGCGCCUGUGGACCAGCUGGGGGUUGAACACUGCUAUGACCUCAGCGCACCCCCGAAGGUGCGGAGGUACCAGGUGUUGCUGUCACUGAUGCUCUCCAGCCAGACCAAGGACCAGGUGACAGCAGGCGCCAUGCAGCGGCUGCGGGCCCGGGGCCUGACAGUGGACAGCAUCCUGCAGAUGGAUGACAGCACACUGGGCACGCUCAUCUAUCCUGUGGGCUUCUGGAGGAACAAGGUGAAGUACAUCAAGCAGACCAGUGCUAUCCUGCAGCAGCGCUAUGAUGGGGACAUCCCAGCCUCCUUGGCAGAGCUGGUGGCACUGCCAGGCGUCGGGCCCAAGAUGGCACAUUUGGCCAUGGCAGUGGCCUGGGGCACUGUGUCAGGCAUUGCAGUGGACACACACGUGCACAGAAUCGUAAACCGACUCAGAUGGACCAGGAAGGCAACCAAGUCCCCGGAGGAGACCCGCAGGGCACUGGAAGAGUGGCUGCCCAGGGAGCUGUGGAGCGAGAUCAAUGGACUGCUGGUGGGCUUUGGCCAGCAGACUUGCCUGCCCCUCCACCCGCGCUGCCAGGCCUGCCUCAACCGGGCCCUGUGCCCAGCUGCACACGGACUCUGAGGGCCUGGGGCCUCUGCCCGGCACCACUCUGGCCUCUUUGUGCCUUUGCUGGAGAGCCAUAGCCUGUUUAUAAUAAAGUUUGGGGGCUGUUUGUA